UACUGGCGGCAAGCAGGCAAUCUACAACGGGUAUUAUAGAUAGCCUGUGUACAAACGAACAGUGUGUGUGGGGUUGAAGAUAAAGCGUCAAUUGUAUUCGUAAAAGCGAGAGCGCAAUAUGUGAAACCUUUGUAUUGUAAAUACAUGGUAUGGAGGAGACGAAGCGAUACGAUGUAAACGUUUGCCAAACGAGUGACGAUAGUUGAAGUAGAAGGUUGUAAAAUGACAUUUCAACUGUUUCGGUGAUCAAAGAAAAUUGAUUAACCCGCCAAAGAAGCAAAAAACAAAGAAAAAAAAACAAAAUUGGAGUGCAAAGAAAUGUCAGCGCCAAAGUGCAACACUGCAAUCAAGUGUCAAAUCUUAAUGCCAAUAUAUAAAACCCAAAUAGUUUAAAGCCUAAAUAACUAAUUUUAUAAAUACAUAUGUAUACUAUUGAAAGUGUAGAGAAAAAUCCAAGGGAAGUUGUAUUAAGAAAUCUCUAUUCAAUAGAGAAUAUGUUGUGUAAAAAAUAAAAGAGAAAUUCAAAUACAUUCGCAACGAGCAUAUUUAUAUACGGUCAGGCAUAUAAACGUUCGGAAUUCAGUGGAAGUGGCAUGUGAAGUGUAGAAAAACAGGUACAAGGCAAAGUCGGAUUGUGAAGCAACAACAAAAAGCGUAUUGUAAUAACACAGAGUUGUAUGAGUUCACAUAAUAAAUAUAUACAAAUUUCACCACACCAUCACGGGCGGCGGUGAUAGACAGAGAGAGCAAAGUCUAUAUAUACAAAACUUGUUAUAUGUGUGCGUCAUCUCGCUUUGGCCUUGUUUGACAGUUCACUAUAUUUUACUUGGGCACAGUCGUUUCUGUGUAAUUUUGCUUGAAAGUUGCAGCGAAUGAAGUGUAGAUUUUAAAUUUGUGCUGAGCUGUUGAAGAAAAGUCGACAAUGGUGGAGAAUUAUUUAAAAUUAAAAUAAAAAUGCCAAAAAAAAAUAUAUAUUACAAUUGAUAGAUACAGAAAAUUUAAUUGGAAAAUAAAUGAAUAUUAGUGAUGAUGGCAAAUAUAAGUUCGCAUACGCGUUAUAUUGGUUAAAAUCCUUUCACUAACAGUUAUACACAAUUUGUGCUAGUGGUGAUGAAUAAAACAUUCCUUUCUACGAUUUGAUUGUCAAAAUCAAUAUAUACUGAAAUAAAUAUUUUUUCAAAAUUGAACCAAAUUUCUCCAGACGUGUAAGAAAAUUAAUUUAAUACAAAUACAAGAGUCAACCAACCAACUACAACGAAAGCGAAGUAGUAACAACAAAACGAGAAGUGUCAAAAGCAAAAACAAAACUAAAGUAAAUAAAAAGAGGUGGGGAGGAAAAACUGAAAAAGUGGCAGAUUUGUGAAAAUAGUGCUGUAAAAAUUUACUUUUAAUGAUACAAGAAGAAGCAGGGUAUUAGCAGAAAUUCCGAUAAAAUUAAGGAGGCAAUAAAAGUGAGAGAAUUAAGUAAAAAGGGCAAAUAUAUAUGCACAUAUAUAUAAUUUCGAUGAGCCGCAGCAAACCUUGCGCGACAUCUUUCUCUUUUACUCCUAUUGUGGUUGGUAGAUUAUGUGCCAGCGUUCCAGCUGUCAUAUAUUAAAUGCAGCAACAAAUUAUAUACGAAAGGAAACCCUGACGGCAUUUGCGGCAGCUACAGCUACAGCAACAGCAACAUCAACAUCAACCAUUAAGUGCAAAUGUCAAGCUGGUUUUUACAUUAAUUGUAAACAGAUCCAGCAACAACCGCAUUGUAGCAAGCAACAAAAUUUAAAAGAACGCAAAACGAAAUCAAGGGAUUUGAUAUAAAAAAAUUGUUGUAACUAUCACGAGAACAUUCAAAAAUUAAUAAAUGUCAAAAUGUUGCAACAUGAACUUCAACGUCCAAUAACUCAUGGAAAAAGUUUGCAUCAACAAUCAUUACCUAAUUACAAGCUCGUAACAAACAAUUUGAACAAAGUCAAAAGCACUUCUACAAUAUCCAACGGUGCCAGGACUACCAUAUUUGACUCCAGCAACACUGAACAACAGCGUAUGCUGCAGCCCACCAAUACAACAGUGCAAAGUAGCAAGAAUGAUACAAUGACAUCCAUUGCAUCAACUCCAGUAACACCACCCACCCAAAACGUAGGUGGUGGUAUUACACAACCUUCAACACUCGGCGUCAAUUUACGCGUCACCGGCCAAUGUAGCCAAGGUGGUCGAAAAUAUAUGGAAGAUUACUUCUCGGUUGCUUAUCAACAAUCGGAGAAUGCGAAGGAUCUUGAAUAUGCAUUUAUCGGCAUAUAUGACGGACAUGGUGGCGCCGAAGCAGCUACAUUUGCCAAAGAGAAUCUAAUGAUGCAAAUUAUCAACCAAAAAUCAUUCUGGUCCGACUCGGAUCAUGAUGUAUUGCGUGCAAUUCGGGAAGGAUAUAUAGCCACACAUUAUGCAAUGUGGAGAGAUCAAGAAAAUUGGCCAAAAACAGCGAAUGGCUUGCUGAGCACCGCAGGCACCACUGCCACCAUUGCAUUUAUAAGGCGUGAAAAAAUUUAUAUUGGACAUGUUGGUGAUUCGGGCAUAGCACUCGGCUAUCAGAAUGAGGGCGAGACAUUUUGGCGUGCCAGACAGUUGACGAUUGAUCAUAAGCCAGAAUCGCCAGAAGAACGUGCGCGUAUACAACGUUCAGGUGGCAAAGUGGUAGUCAAAUCUGGUGUACCGCGUGUCGUUUGGAAUCGGCCCCGCAAUGCUGGUCAUAAAGGACCAAUACGUUGUAAUACACCUGUAGAUGAAGUACCCUUCUUGGCGGUUGCGCGUAGUCUCGGGGAUUUGUGGAGCUAUAAUUCUAAGCGCAAUGUAUUUGUAGUUAGUCCAGAUCCAGAUGUACAAGUUAUCAAAAUAAAUCCAAAGACUUUUCGAUGCCUAAUCUUCGGCACUGAUGGUCUUUGGAAUGUUGUUACGCCACAAGAGGCCGUCGACACUGUCUACGAACGUGAAUGUCUUAAUGAGCGUCUAAAAGCUUAUUCUAGUGCUGAACGCAGCAAUAGCGAUUGGACAAACCCGAGCAGAGGUUUAGUGGAACGUGCUUUAAAGACAUGGGCGGCGAAAAAGAUGCGCGCUGAUAAUACAUCUGUUGUCACUGCCAUACUCCAUCCAACCGCCCUGUGUGAAGCAACAAAGCCACCUUAUAUUGAGCCCAACACCCACACGCUUAAUGGCUUACCAAAGGAUACUUGCGGGUUGGAAUAUACCGAAGUAUGUGCUGAAAUGGCACCCGCUGCCGAUAACUAUGGCUUGUCAUAUGAGGAAAUUGCCGAAAAACAUACAAUGCCUGAGGCUUUCCGUGAUUUCGACUAUUAUCUCGAUCAGGAGGCUAUAAAUGCUGCACUACAAUCGCAGCAUGAAGAAAAUUGUGUUGGAAAGUAUUGUAACGAAGAAUUAAGUUAUUGGAACAAUUGGAGUUGGGAAGAGCGUCUAUCUGAUUGUGCUGGUGAUUAUAAUCAUCAACAUACAACAAGUUUAACAGCAAACAGUGAUGUGAGCAUUUGUAGCAAGGCCAUAAUGAGUCAAACAACAACAAACAAGCGCAAUAACGAACAUAGUUUACUAACAGGUGAUGGCGAAGACAACGCGUUAGAUAGCGUACAUGCCAGCUCGCUUAGUGAUGACGCACAGAGCGGCUCUGGUAUGUUGAACUACUCAAAUUACAAUGGUGACACCUCAGUCAAUCACACUGCAUCGAGUGAUGUAAGCAAUGAAUUGGGUAAUGCUGGUUUUAUGACAUUUGCUGAAUCGUACAAUUCGUUUUUGAACGAACAAAUGUCACACGACAGCACAAACAGCUCCAACUCCAAUUCGAAUUGUCAAAUUAUUAGCGGUACAAGUGAGAUAUUACACGAACAACAGCUGUAUCAACAGCAAUGCAUGUCCGAAGAGGACGGUUAUUCCUUAACCAAAUUGGAAACGCGUCGUGAGCAACAGCGCUGCACCAGCGGUGUGCAAACAUUCAAAAUUUUCCAAGCACUCGAAACUAAUAACAGUACAAACUAUGUGCCACAGCACCAGCAACAAAAUGAUGAUCGUCGUAAACGAGCAGAAGAACAAACAAGCCAACAAAAAAAGCAACAAGGGCAAAUAAAGCAAGUACAAAGCGUAAGUACGCCACAGCAAGCCAACAAUACAACUCGUCUGACCGUGGAAGAGGCACGUGAACUGGAGGCAGCACUCACGUGGGAAUCGGCAUGCGCGCCUUUGAGUACGACAAUUAAUCCAUAUCUGGAUUAUGCAGCCGAACAGCAACCACCGCUCGAGUUGAAUUCGUUACUGCAGCAGGAACGCGAAGAGGAACAACAAGUUGCCUAUGAACGUCUAGAAAUGCAACGAAAAUUAGCGCUAGUAGACACAACAAAAAUGCAAGCAGCAGAGGCGACGGAACUUCCUAAAGCUAUAUUUGCUGCUGAAGAGUGCACAACAGCUGUAGAAGCGUUGGACGAAACUGUGGAGAUGUUGGAGGAGGAGUAUAUUGACGAAGAGAGCGAAAGCGCACAGGCGCUGCAGCUGGCCGACACUUCUACAGCGACGGACGAGGAUACAAGUGUGCAAAUCAAUGAAAUAUCGUCAAGCAUGUGCGAGCAAAGAGAAUGUGAUAGCAAUAGCAAUGUGAACAGUGAUGUAAUAUACGCAACGACUUCAACGCAAACACCACAAGUUAUAGAGAAAAUCGAAAAGAUUGAAAUACUGCAACAGAGAAUUCCAAGAAAACUUGAGCGUGUGGCAAGUCAACAAACACAAACGCUACGACACGCGCGAAGAAAAUCUCAAGGAGCAAUCAGUAUUACUGCUUCGGCCUCAACGCCCACCACAGCUGUCCUGUCGCGACAGGCGGCAGCGGCGACGAUGAUAAGCAGUAAGAGUGAUAAGCCCAAAGUUGCAGCAUAUGAAUUUACCACGCGCCUGCCCAAAGCAUGUCCGGCGCGCACCUCUUUGAAACGCGCACAAGCGCAAUACCCCAAUAUACCCAAUGAGAAUGUGCGCGCAAAUGAGACAGCGUCUGUGCAUGCGCUUAGCAAGCGACGACGUUAUAACGGUUACAAGGAUUAUCUACUAAGCGCUGUCAGUAGUACGUGCACCAACAACAACAACAAAGUGGAUACUGACCAAGACCAAGCGAAAAGCAGCAGCAACACGAACACAAACAACAACGCGAGCGGCAGCAAUUACCGCAAUCGGCGCUGUAGUACUACAACAGCGGCCGCAGGCAUGCCUACUGUUAGCUGUGCUGCCAUUGCAUUGGAAAAGCGUCAAUUACGCAGUAAUAGCGGCCUCAUCGACUACGCCAAACGUACGCUACGCACGCGCAAUUCACUCACCAAAGAACUAAAAGCGAAGGCGUCACUCACCUCGACAAUGCGUCGGGUGACGACGCAAUUUCUGCACGACACGGCGGUAAGUUUGAUGAGCAGCAAUGCGGCGUUGGCACAACAACGCAGCAACACCAAUAGUUGUUCAGCAUUGAAUAGAAGCGGUAGUAGCGUCAACCACAACAACAGCAACAACAACAUAUGCAGCAAUGGCGGUACGAAUCUUAAUGCUACGCGCCGUUCACGUGCGGAAAAGUUACUCACGACAAACGCCGAUAACUUAGAGGCUGCCUUCUCGCAUGUCAUCAAUCUGCGCUCUCGUAAAGUGGCACAUUUUGCUGCAGCAGCUGCCGCGGCAGUCACCGGCAAUCACACACAGUCAACGCGCCGCUCCAAAGGUGCUCUCGGUAACAGUCCUCUACUCUCCGCAGCGUCAACGACGGUGUUGAGACGCGAUCGGCACAACUUGCGCAGCCUGAGUACGCGCAACGCUUCCAGCGCCGGUCUUACAACAGUCAAUGGACAACGCGAUUAUGCUUAUAAUAAGGCGGCGACGCGUAGCAGCUUACAUGCGACCGGUCUAUGCGCUUAUAGCUUGCCAACCAACUCGGCGUCGUCAUCGUCGGCGUCUACGACUAAAUUGUUAAAUGCAGCAGUGAGUGUAUCUGCGGCGACACGACCGCGCGCGCAUGCAGUGCUUAUUUCAAAGCAGUCGGUGGGCGUACUUGGCGGCGGCGGCGGCGGCGUUGGCGGGGCGUCGAGCGGUAUGGUUGUGCGUGGCGCCAAUGCCUCGACAAGCACUUCUUACGGUAAACGUACGACGGCAUCGCGUAAUGGUAGCGGUGCAAGCGCUACAAUAAUGCUUACGCGCAGUAGUGGACGUAAUGGUAGAAGACUGAACCGUUAGUUUGGCUAAUGAAGGAUUUGUUGAUUGCGAAGUAAUUUAGUACAAAAAAUUGCAUUGUAUUUGUUUGCAGAACAGGAAAGCACACUUCUAACCACACAUAUAUAUGUGUGUACACACAUACAUCCAUUAAAAUGUCAUUACUCGUUUGCGAAAAAUAUACGUAAAUGACUUCGUUUUUGUUGGUUUCAUCUGAAAUUAAUAACACACCGCUAGUAUUUCGUACACACACACACACCACACAAUCACUUGUAAUGUCUUUAACUAAAAAUGAAUAUGAAAAAAUUUAUAGAAAUGCAAUAUUUAUUGAUAAUAUGUCUUCUUAGUAUUUAUAUGCAUUUAAUGGCUUCAAUUUUUAUGGUUGAAAAUAAAAAUGAAAUGAAAAUUUAAAAUUAAAAAAUAACUGGCGCUUAAAAAAAAACGGCGUAUGUGUGGCGAUCUUUAAAAGGAUAAUUGAAACAAAAAAGUAUGAAGAUUUAGUGCUUUUAUGGUAAAAAAAAAAUAUAAAAUAAAAACUAAAAAUGUAACUGUUCCUGUUGACAUAUUGAUUUCCAUGAAAAUCAAAAUAGUAUUUGCAUUAGACGUUAAGCUUCAAUUUGUAUUGAAAAGAAUAUAAGCAAUUUGAAAAUUCUUUAUUUGCUAUAAAACAAAAUAUAUAAAAGAUGCUACUAGCUGUAAGCGUUAAAUGUAGGCUUAUAUUGUAAAUAAAAUUUUUUAUAAUUUAAAUUUUUUUGUAUAAAUUAGCCUUUUUUUAAAUUCAUAUUAUUUAUAAUUUUUUAAUAUAAGCUUCUAUACAUUUGUAGUUUUAAAUGAGUUGAUGAAAAAUCUAUAUACAAUAUGCCAGCAAUUAACAUACCAUAUGCAUAUGUAUAUGUUUUAAAAAUAUUUUAAAUAAUUUUUUGUUUAAACUAUGUGCAUAGUUUUCUAAAUAUAUUUCAGCAAAAACAACAUAAAAUAAUUUAUUAAAUGCUGUAUAUAAAUAGCACUAGCUUUAGAACAAGUUAUUUAGAACCAAAAUGACACUAAGUUCAUACAUACAAGCACAUUUUUAUUUUGGCAUUAAAUCUA